CCCUGUGUCAAAAAACUCCUGAUACGGAGAGACCCCGAUCGAGAGAGAGAGAGAGAACGUACGUACACCAUUUUUAACCUAUAAAAACUCAAGUAAUUAAACUAUAUAGGGUUAAACAUUUUCAGUAAUUAGAGCCAAUUAUAAUUAAACGCCAUGGCUAUCAACCACUGCAUGCCCUCUUUCUCCCUGGUCUUUCUGGCAAUGGUCACCAUCGUCCUCGCGGGUCAAGCUCGCGCUCAGAGCCUUUGCAACAAAGCCGACUACCAGCCUCUCUGCGUCUCUGUCAUAAAGGGAAAGACCGACGCUCAUUCAGCCUUGGAGUCAGCCAUUACCGUUUUGAUUUCCCAAAGCCAUCGGGCAAAGAUUGCGGCCGGAACGAAAGGCGAUUCCCAGAACUUGGACGUCUGCAAAGAGAACUUUGACGAUGCCAUUUCCAACCUGAAGAACAGUUUGAAAAACCUCAAGAACCGCGACAUGGCCAGUCUGAACAUCAACCUGUCGGCUGCGCUAACUGACUUCGUGACAUGCGACGACACGUUCGUGGAAUCAAGCGAGACCAACCCCAUUGGCAAGACAGACACGCUCUUGUCUCACAUGGCUAGCAACUGUUUGUAUUUAUCGAGUUUGAUUCACUAAGGACAUCAUAAUUAAAAGCACGCACGGUGUGUGCGAGGGAGCGGGGCGCCUAAGGAAAUUCUGCUAAUGAGGAAGUUUGUGGUGUAUGUGUUUGCGUUGUGGCGGCUUUCUUGUGCCAUUGUGAUGCAUGAGAAAAAUUCUUUCAUUCUUUAA